UCGGUCAAUCUAUAGUAUAAACUAUAACUUUUAUAGUUUUAUCGAAAUUAUUCUAUUUUUACUCGGGUAGGUUCACGUAACUUGUACUUCUCAUUGAUUGCAUAGAAUUGCCGAACAAAUCCGCAUUCAAUUUCCAAAAGUCGAUAAACUGGUCGCAAAUGUCAAACGAGUAUUUAAAAAAACGCCUUAUCGUAUUCAGAAAUUUCAUACUAAUGCACCACAUAUACCAUUACCUCCCGAACCUAUUUUGACACGUUGGGGCACGUAGAUUUCUGUCGCAAUAUAUUAUAGCAAAAACUUCGAAACUGUAAGACAAAUUGUCGAAUGUUUUGAUGAAAAUGAUGCACUUUCUAUCAAAAAUGUUCAAAACAAUUUUAAAGCUAAUCAAAUGAAAGUAAAUUUGGCUUACAUACAUUCAAAUUUCUUAUGUCUUCCUAUAGCUAUAACGCGUCUACAAAAACAAGGUAUUCUCUUAUCUGAAGCUAUUGAAAUUGUACAAGAUAUUUCGACAAAGUUUAGUCAAUUAACAGGUACAGAUGGAACUGCUAUUAAUAAAAAAUUACAAACAGUACUCAACAAAAACAAAGGGUUUCAAAUUAUGUGUAAUAUUUCAAAAAUAUUAACUGGCGAAAAAAAUGUCGUAGAUUUAGAUGUACCAGAAGAUUUAACCAGUAGCGACAUGACGUAUUUCAAGUUUGCCCUAAUAACUUCGUCAGACGUAGAACGCUCCUUUUCUUUAUAUAAAACUUUGUUGGCACCAAACAGGAGGUCUUUCAAGUUCGAAAACCUGAAGAAAUCAUUGGUUGUUCAAUGCAAUAACUACUUUAAAGAUCUUGUAUACGACGAAGACCAAGACUAGUUAAGAUCAAUAACUCAUAUACAUAUAUCAAGAAGUAAAAAUACUAAUAUUUAAACUAAAAUUAAU